GCCUAAGAGAGCUUACUAUACUGGCUGCCUCUGAGAGUCCCAACAAUCCCUAUGAAACGACAUAUGUCGUGGCGCGUCCUGAUGAUCUUGUGUUUGGGACGAUUACUGUGACUGCCAGUAUAGGCGGUCUGAUGUCCAAUGCCUCAAUAUUUUUCGAAGUUGUAGACUUUUUUGGAGGUCUCAUGAGUGUGACGGUGGUCAACGAGGGCAAGGAAGUGGUGUUCAACUGCACACCAACCAACCCUGAACUCACUGCUUCCUUCAGUGGUAACUCAGAAGUAAUGGAGAUCUACCAACCAAACAACAGUGUCUGGAGUUUCCCGGCUCUCCCACAGUACAGUGGAUUUUAUUCAUGCUCGGCUCAGUUUGAGAGCUUGUUGACACAGAGUACUUUUCUGUUUGUGUAUCCAAACGAAGAGGAGAGGGAUGUUGUGUUCUACGAUUUCAGGGAAGAUGAGGUCCUGCCAACUCUAUAUGUACUCCUGAAUCACGUAACAAGAGAGGGUCUGGAGUUUGUCUGUGUCGCCAGAACUGGCCCUGUCUCCAUUUUCUCUGAUAACGAGACUCGCACAGAGUUCUAUACAACAAGUGACGGCAGUGCACAGUUCACUGUAGGCGACGACACUAUCAUCGUCACCAGAGGAGAGAGGUUCACACAGAUAGGAGUGGAAAUAGGAUUCCCGGCCAGCUACGGCGACAAUCUCACCUGCAAAUCAGACAGCUCCUCAGACACUGCAAACCUCAGAAUUGUCCCAGCCCGUACCUUUGUUGCUGUUAACUCAUCAAAUGGCGAGAUGUCUGCAGUUAUAAACUAUGGACAGAGCUUCAACAUUUCCUUCAUCUUUGAGACAGUGUCGCGAAAUGGGCUUGAGCUGCUGCACAAUGGAACCGUGAUAACCCAGGACCUACAGACGGACCCAAACAACAGGCAGUCCUUCAGCUACUUAGUGGAGGGACUCUCAGAUGCAGGGGGAGUUUAUACCCUGCGAGCUGGUCAGGAACCUCUUCCGAAUGCAAUUUUAUUCUCAAUGUCACUUUACCUGUGGUGACGGUGGCAGAGGGGAAUGUGAUUGUACAACUAGGUGAAAACUUCACCUUGAGCUGUUCCUCGUCCAUACCAAACCUUCCACUGGAGUGGGUGCGUUUCCCGGGGUUUGAUCGGCGGAGCGGCCCUACUUUCGCAGUGAUGGGUGCUACGCCUUCCGACGAGGGAGAGUAUCGUUGUUCUGUACUGGAGAAUGGGGAGGUAGUCAUUGCUUCGGCUACAGUCACAGUGGACGUCAUUCUCAGCUGCCUCGAGCACUAUGCUGGAGGGAUCCUGUGGCCUGAGACUCUAGAAGGAAAGACUGCUAAUGCGUCGUGUCGAGAUGCAGAUGCUAGGUUCAGUGACGGAGUCCAGGUAUCACGUACCUGUGGCCCAUCUGGACUCUCUGUGUCUCGUGGACUCCCUGGCUACUCCACAUGGCUAGACCCUAAUUUCUCUGGUUGUACUCUGGCUUCGUCUGAGCCCCAGACAUUCGUGAUCUUCUCCCUCUACUAUCGUCUGUUUGGUGGUGCCGACGAACAGUUUGUGGUGGACAAUAUUGACAGCAUACAGAUGGAGCUGGAUUCAUAUACGAUGGAGCACCUCAGGCCCUUGCGUUUCUCCUCCUCUGAACUUGUCGUCGUCCCUGACAACAUUACCCUGAUCUCGUUUUUAGGAAUUCGACUUCGCUACACCGUGAACCUCAACACCUCCUCUGUGGGAGCACUUCCCAACGGGAACUUUGAUAUAAACGAACUCUCGCAGAUUAUCCACUGUGUCAGGGACAUUAUGCCAGAUAGAAAUAGCACUAGAGCACUUAGGACUCUCUUUGAGAUGGAUGGCAAUGGAGAUACCGUUGGCUUCAUGCGAUCAGAUGUCUGUCAGUGUGUUCCUGUAGUGGUGAACACUCUAAAUAUACCUGAUGGUACAUUUCCACCACCUUUGGAACAGCGAAAGAAGAGGGGCAUACAACAGUGUGUCGAUAAUUUCUUCGACUUUCAAAGAAUCUGCAACGGGACGACAGCCCCUCCCUGUGACUGCGUAGAGGCAGAAUGUCAGUGUCUGAGUCCAUACGUGGGUAACGGACUAUACUGUACUCUGGACAGAGACGGAGACACAUUCCCCGAAGUAGUCCCACAGAUGAUCUGCGAGAAAGACAGAGAAAUCUCCUACUGCCAGCAGGAUUUGUGUCCGAAUGUCCCCAACAACCCUGCCAAUAAUACUGCUCCCUGUACUGGAUUUGGCUCAUCUACUGGGGUUGAAUUCUGUGAAUUAGAGACGGAUGUUGUCUGGGAGAUAGAGUGGCCGUUCCUGGAGACUAGGAAGUCUAUCACUGUUCCCUGUGGAGUCAACUUCACAGGUAACUCUACUCGAGAGUGUGGCAGUGGUGGAGUGUGGGGAGAUCCCUGAUGUGUCCAUGUGCUCAAAUAGAGUAUUCAACAGUGUACAAGUCGAGAUUGCAUUGCUGCUGGGAGAAGAAGACAUCGAUGGAGCUCUUGAGGCAUUUGAAGGACUGGUCAACGCCACGGCUGAACCUCUGUUCCCCAGUAACGUCAACACCGCCAUUGAGGAUGUAGAUGAACUCUUGACCCUCCUGGAGGACGAAGCUGCCUUUGAUGAUGCCCAAAAUGUGGGUGCCAUAUUUGAAGUCCUAGACAACCUGCUCGUGGAUGACAACGCGGAGAGUUUUGAGAUCCUGGAAGAUGUGGGGGCUGGCCAGAGGGUCCUCAACAACACAGAGCGCUACGCUCUCUACGUGGCCCAGGUCCUGGAGGACCAGGGAAUGGACAUUGUCAUCAACAGAACCGGAGAAAAUAUCUUUCUGCGGGCCCAGAGUCUGUCGGUGAAUAAUCUGAAUGAAGACUAUGUGUUCCCUGAACUGGGUGAAGUUACUGGUCUUGCUGUCACCAACGGGAGCUCAGCCUCCAUCCUCCUGCCACAAGAACUGCUCUCCAGUAGAGGAAUGGGUGGAAAUGUGGGUGUGGCCUCAAUUCUCUUCCGGAAUCUUCAGUCGUUCCUCCCCAAUGACACUGAGGUGACUCAUCCCAGGAGUCUGGUCAUCUCCAGUCAGGUGUCUCAGAGAGGAGGCAACGGGGAAGCUGUCGAAGCUCUACUCGAUAACCCUGUCACGAUUACCUUCUCUUUUGAAGCACGAGAGGGUGAAGAGAUAUCGUUUGAUGAGAUUCGCUGCGUGUUCUGGGACUUUGGAGGCAACUCUGCCACGAAGACGGGAUCAGAGAGUGUGCGGUGGUCGUCUGAGGGAUUGAGGACAGAGAGUGUGACUAGAGAUGGAGACACUGUCACUGUCACCUGCUCCAGUAACCAUCUCACCAGCUUUGCCGUCCUCGUUGAUGUGGGAGGAGCUCGGAUUGAGAGUGAGGCCCUGCGUAUUGUGUCCUACAUUGGACUUGCCAUCUCCCUUGCCUGUCUGCUGCUCACUAUCAUCUUCUUCAUCAGUUUCGGUAAGAAGCUGUUUGCGGCCGUCCACAAUUUUGUCCACCUCAAUCUGGCCAUUGCUCUCUUUUGUGGUUACCUCGUGUUUGCCGUCGGUGUUGAGCUGGCCAACCAUGAAAAGAUUCCGUGCAAUGUGGUGACAGCUCUGGUCCAGUACUUCCUGCUGUCAGCCUUCUGUUGGAUGAUGUGUGAGGGGAUCAUGCUCUACCUCAUGUUGGUGGUGGUGUUCAGCACUCUCUCCAAGAAAUGGUGGUUCUUCUUCCUACUUGGCUGGGGUAUUCCACUGAUCUUUGUGGUGAUAGGUCUGGGAGCUGUCCACGAGGAGUAUGGAGUGAAGGAUAGCUCCUCCGACUCUGAUGACUACUACAAAUACUGUUGGUUGUCUUCUGGUAAAGGGACGUACGCCAUUUGGACCUUUGUUGCUCCCAUGCUGGCAAUCAUCAUUAUCAACACAGUAUUCCUGAUACUGGUACUGGGCAGUAUCGUAAGGAGCAGAGCUAAUCGCCAGAAGGAAGUUGAGAGUGGCUACAAAGUGGACGUUGUUGUCACUGUGGUGAAGGCGUCGGUGAUCCUGCUCCCUCUACUGGGGCUGACGUGGGUGUUUGGACUGUUUGCUGUCAAUGAGAACACUGUAGUCUUUGCCUGGCUCUUCACCAUCUUCAACUCUCUCCAGGGUCUCUUCAUCUUCAUCUUCCACGUCAUAAGAAAUGACAGGGUGUGGGGCCUGGUAAAGAAGAGAUAUGCAGCCUACAGCACCUCCAGAGCAAGCAAGAGCACUGGAUCUACAGGAAUCAAGUCUAAUAAAUAUCAUUCAGUGGCCAGUAGUUCUACAGGAGGGUUGGAGAUGAAGAGUUAUGUGGACGCAGAUGCUAGUGAAAUCAAGACUGAUCUAGGUGGUGGUAAGGAACCAACCAAGGAAGAAGUGGCAUAGAGAAAACUCCUGAGACUCACUAGUAAAAAUAGUAAUGUAUGUAUAUACACACCAUCCAAUGCUAUCAUUUUCAUUUUUAAAUGUAAUUUGGGUUCGUGUUUUAAUCACAUUGUGGCAACUGUAGGGUGUCAGAUUGUGUGUGUUACCUACACGAUAUCAUAACUAUUAUGUGGAUGUGAAAAAAUCACCA